CUUGCCUUAAAGCCCAGCUUUGUUUUCUUUGUUCUUUCCAUGGCUGCUAGCCAGCCCACCUAUCUCAACCCGCCCCUAUGAAGGGAUACGAAAACCGAAAAACCAAACAAAUUCCUGCUUGAUUUAAGAAGAGCCCAAAUCAAAUGACCCAAGUUCCGUCGCCGUACAUAGCAAAAACACCUUCGCUCAGCUCUUGUUCUGUCCUGCUUUCUUCUUCCUACCGUCGGCUGCCGUCCCCUCUGACUCUUCUCUUCCGUCGGCGUGUUUUUAGUUCAAGGCAUCAUCGGGCUUGAAAUAAAAUCAGGACUUCUGAGCUAAUUAUCAUUGCCAAUCCGAUGAAGCAUGUUUUGAAGAUUUUCUCUCUGCUGCUGGUCAUCUCUGCACUUUGGAUUGGCCUCUUGCAGGCAUCCAUAAUGCCACAAAGCCAUACCUGGUUGCUACCUAUCUAUUUUAUUGUGUCACUUGGAUGCUAUGGUUUAUUAAUGGUUGGAGUUGGUCUAAUGAGAUUCCCAACUUGCCCUCAAGAAGCAUUGUUGCUGCAGCAGGACAUUGCUGAGGCCAAGGGCUUUCUGAAGCAAAGCGGGGUUGAUGUUGGUUGUAAGUGAUGGUUGCUUUGUAAUGUCUCUUCUUGGACCCAAGUCAGAACAAAUUGCUGCUAGCUUUGUCAAUGGACCAGAGAGGAAAAUUACAGAUUGGGAACAAACUUCAAAGUAUACAUACCUUUCAUAGAAGAAUUAUAAUUGUAUUGAGAAAUAUUUUGGGGUUUAUCAUAGUUGUUGAGUAAUUUUCCCCUCAAUUUAGCCCAUUUAAAGUAUAAUAUAAUAUAAGGAAGGUAAAUAAAUCCUCAUUUUUAUGUAGAUUUAAUAAUUUAAAAUAUGAUAUGAUAAUACGAUACGAAUAAGAGAGAUAUGAA